CGCAGCGCCUUCUCCCUCCUUCUUCUCUCGCACCCCCUCCUUAUCUCCGAAACAACCGUGAGCAACGUGCACUCAGUUUGGUGGUGUGUGAGCUGUGGUACAUAAGCUUCUCUCUUCCUGUUCGCCUCCAUCCUCCGGCCAUGCAGCGAACAGCUCCCAAGGACGACCUUCUCAAGCUCCGAAUCUCGACUCCCCGGGUAACUAUCGCUUGACGAAGUUCCCAUCAAGAAGGUCAGUUGAUACCAGGAUACACAAAGGCACAAACGCUGUGUUUAAGCCUAUUCUCUGUGUGUGCGUUUGGCGUGCGUGUGCUUCGUUUCCUCGCCAGGUGGUGAAUCACUGAUUUUCGCAGCCAGCCAAGCAGGUAGCAGAGUGCCAUCCAUCAGCGGAGAUGACAGGGCAGCCGAUAACGUGCAAAGCAGCGGUUGCGAUGGGUGCCAAGGAGCCGCUGCAGGUGGUGGACGUGGUGGUGGGUCCACCGCAGAAGGGCGAGGUGCGCAUCAAGAUCACCCACACGGCCCUGUGCCACACGGACGAGUUCACCCUGUCGGGGGAUGACCCCGAGGGCCUCUUCCCGUGCAUCCUCGGCCACGAGGCCGCCGGCAUCGUCGAGAGCGUCGGCGAGGGCGUGACCACCUGCAAACCGGGAGACCACGUCAUUCCAUGCUACCAGGUCAAAUGGAUGGUGCACUCACUCGACUGACGUACACAUAAAUGACAUCUAUGGAUGGAUGUGUUGUGCAGGCUGAGUGUUUCCCGUCUGACCGUGAGAAGAACACGUGUCCGACGUGUCGCGGGUACAGCCUGGGCAAGACCAACCUGUGCGGCAAGGUGCGGGCCUUCACGGGCAAGGGCAUCAUGCGGGCGGACGGCAAGCCGCGCUUCACACUCAAGGCCGACGGCACACCCAUCUACCACUUCAUGGGCACAUCCACUUUCGCCGAGUACACCGUCCUACACGAGGAAUCCGUAGCCGUCGUCAGGAACGACGCACCGCUCGACAAGGUCAAAUCACAUACACACACACUCCCUCCCCCCCCACCUCUGUCUGUCCAUAUCUGUGUGUGGAUGUGUUUGUUGGUUCAUUCAGGUGUGUCUGUUGGGCUGCGGCGUGUCGACAGGUCUGGGUGCCGUGUGGAACACGGCCAAGGUCGAGGAGGGAGCGUCGGUGGCCGUCUUCGGGCUGGGAACCGUCGGCCUGGCGGUCAUCGACGGCGCGCGUGCCGCCAAGGCCUCGCGCAUCAUCGCCGUCGACCUGGACGAGUCCAAGUUCGAGCGCGCCCGUGCGUUUGGUGCGACCGAGUUUGUCAACCCGGCCAAGCAUGACAGGCCGAUCCAGCAGGUGCUGGUGGAGAUGACCAACGGGGGCGUCGACUACUCAUUCGAGUGCAUCGGCAACGUCAAGGUGAUGCGCGCGGCGCUCGAGUGCUGCGCCAAGGGCUGGGGCGUGAGCACCAUUAUCGGCGUGGCGGGGGCGGGGCAGGAGAUCGCCACGCGGCCCUUCCAGCUGGUGACGGGCCGCGUGUGGAAGGGGACGGCCUUCGGGGGUUUCCAGAGCCGCAGCAUGGUGCCCAAGCUGGUGGACCGGUACCUCAACGGGGAAUUCAAGGUCGACGAGUACAUCACCCACACCUUGGCCUUCGACCACAUCAACGAGGCCUUCGAUCUGCUCAGGAAGGGCCAGUGCCUCAGAUGCGUCAUGACACUCUGAUACAGACAGAAAGGGGGAACGGGCAAGAGGAUAGGGGAAGCAGGGAGGGAGGGAGGAGGGAGGGAGGGAUGCGCUCGGUCCUUUUGCUGAAAAGGGCCCCUUGUUGUAGCUUAGCAGCCAGACUAGCUCAGCUGAUGUGUACCGUACCGACCAGACCUGUUGUGUGUGGAGAGGCAGUCCAGUCAGCCGCCCGGUCAGCCCGCCCAUUCCCUCCAUUCCAUUGCAACCCAGCCCAUCUCCUACGCGAGGUGUAUACAAGGAAUUCAUACAGUACAGUGUGUGGUAUAUAUGGAGUAUGUAGUGAGGUAGGUGCAGCCAGCCAUCGCACUGUCGUCUGCUAGCUACUUGCAAGCAUGGUUAAAGCUUCGUGAGGUGUCUGUCUGUCUGUCUGUCUGUGUGCGUGAGUUUGUGAGUGCAGUGGGUGCGUGCGUGCGUGAGGAAUAUGUGUUUCCUUCGUGUGCAGAUGGAUGUGUAGUGCCGACAACCCCUUGCCUUGCCUGAAUGCCUUGUGUGAUUUG